UAUACUCGUUUCUAUAAUUCUGAAUGAUAACUCAUCUUACCAAAUAUGUGAACAGUGAAAUAACCAAUUUGUCGUACCGGCUUUCAGAAAAUUUUGAACGACCGUUCAGGCACUAUCGGUUUGCGAGGAGCUGAUUAUUCGUAAAGAUAUCGUGUAGAAUCCUACGCACAUAUAUAAUUAAAAGGACGACAAACUGGACUAGAAUUUAAAUAUACAUAUAAUUGUAUUUUUGAAUUUCGUAGACACUUUGAGACGUUAGAUGUCAUAAUUAACACACCACCAACACAAUUAAUGAUGACUAAUAGAACAUCACAUACUUACACGCUGUGUAAUAAUUUUAAAUGCUGGCCAGUAAAUUAAUAUUUACCUCGCACAAUGAGUGUGGUCACUAAUGAUAUACAAGGUUCUUUAAAAGAAGCUUUGUAUGAGACAUUAACUGGAAUCUUAUCACCACAUCGUGAAACUCGGCAAGCUGCUGAGCAAAGAAUUCAGGCGUUAGAGGUUACAGAAGAAUAUGGGAUACACUUGACGGAAUUUGUCGUUGAUCCAAAUGGACAUUUACCAAUUAGACAGUUAGCUUCUGUCUUACUAAAACAAUAUGUUGAAGCACAUUGGUGUUCAUUGGCUGAGAAAUUCCGUCCACCAGAGCUUAAUGUUGAUACCAAGCAAAAGAUCAAAGAGUUACUACCUUUAGGACUUCGAGAAUCUAUCAGUAAGGUACGUAAUGCAGUGGCUUAUGCAAUAUCUGGUAUAGCAUGUUGGGACUGGCCUGAGAAGUGGCCUUCCCUCUUUGAGAUUCUUGUCAGUUGUUUAAGAACAGAAAGCGAAUAUGCCGUUCAUGGAGCAAUGAGAGUCUUGAUAGAAUUUACUCGGGAUCUCACAGAUGUUCAGUUGCCAAAUGUGGGGCCUGUUAUUCUGCAGGAGAUGUAUAGAAUAUUUCAAAGUGAAAAUUAUUCCAUCAGGACGCGUGGUCGUGCGGUUGAGAUUUUCGCGUCUGUUACAACUUUGGCUGUUACGGGAAUUUACGAGAAGGGAUUUGUAGAGCAGUAUUUACAGCCAGUCAUUCCUAUGUUUUGCCAGAAAUCUGUCGAGUGCCUCAGAGUGCCUAAUGGGCCAUCUAGUGACAUUGGAUUUAAAACAGAUAUUAUUAAAGCUAUAAACGGUCUUGUUAAAAAAUUGCCCAAAUAUGUAUCAGACUUUUUACCUCAAAUGUUACCGUCUAUAUGGGAGACAUUGUCGCAAAGUGCGAAGACUUACCAGGAAACGACAGUGAACGGAGACGAAGAUAUUAACGAUAAGGAAGUUGAUUCCGAUGGCGAAGUGAUCAACUUCAAUAAUUUGAUCAUUGCGAUAUUCGAGUUUGUUCAGUCCAUAGCGGAUCACAAAAAAUUCACAAACUUAUUGGAUAAUCUGCUACCGGAACUCAUGUAUUAUCUGAUAAUAUUCAUGCAAAUAACGCCUGAUCAGAUCCAACUGUGGACGAAUAAUCCAAAUCAAUUCGUCGAGGAGGAUGAUCAGUGCUUUACUUACAACGUUAGAAUCUCAGCACAGGAGCUUCUAAUGGCCCUCGUCAAUCAGUUCGCGGAGGUAGGGAUUCACGCGCUUUGCGACGUCGUGACGCGACAUAUCGAGGCGACGAACGCCCUGAAAGCUAGCGGCGACGGUAAUAACAGCAAUGAGACUUGGUGGAAGAUACAAGAGGCUUCCAUCAUGACAUUGAGCAUUUGCAAAGAUGUCAUUGUUGAGAAACAACUGGGUGGCACAUUGCAGUUCGAUUUUAUCCGAUUUCUAGAUACAGUUGUAUUGGGCAUGUUGAAUGAUUCAGGCUCACCUCCGUUACUACUCGGUCGCUGCUUAUGUCUCGGCGGAAGGUACGCCCAGAUAAUGCCGCCGGAAGUGAGCUCGCGAUUUCUUGAAGCAACGGUUAACGGCUUACAAGAGAAUCAACCGUCUUGCAUUCGCAUUAGUGCCGUGAAGGCGAUCUUUUGGUUCAGCGAAACGCCGCCCGAGGAAUCGGUUGCCAACAUAAUACGCUGCCACUUACCUAACAUUUUCCGCGGGUUGUUUAAUCUAGCUAGUCAGCCGUCCACGAACGUUCUGCUUCUGGUCAUGGAGACGUUUCACGUGCUAAUUGCGCUACAUAAAGAAUUUACAGCAUCAGUGGAAAACGAGAUUUGUCCUUUGACAAUUGCAGUGUUUCUAAAGUUUCAUAGCGACCCGGUGAUGUUACAACUAUGCCACGAGAUAUUCAAGGAAUUGACUCAGAAUCCGGGCUGCAUCGGGCCACUGCAAACUCGUAUAAUACCGACUCUUACGAGUAUGAUGGCGAUCACGCCUAUGGACAAGUCGAAAGACGAGGGAUCUCGAACCGCAGCGUUGGACGUUUUGAUAGUCUUGGUGCAAAAUUCGCCGUCACCUCUGAGCAACGCGUUGCUCGAGACCGCAUUCCCGGCUGCUUGCCACUGCGUCCUCAACUCGGAGGACCACGUGACGCUGCAGAGCGGCGGUGAACUAAUACGCGCGUAUUUGGCCGUGUCGGCUCAGCAAGUGAUUACGCACCAAGAUAGCGAAGGGCGGACUGGACUGCAGUACACACUGGAAAUCAUCGGCCAGUUGCUGAACCCGCAGUCGAGCGAAUUCACCGCCAGCUUCGUCGGGCGUUUAGUGACAACGCUGAUCAGGAAUGUGGGCAACAGUCUCGGCGAGAACCUCGAUUUACUGCUGAAAGCAGUGCUGAGCAAAAUGCAGACGGCCGAGACGCUGGUGGUCAUGCAGAGUUUGCUGAUGAUUUACGCACAUCUCAUAAACACGCAGUUCAAUGCGGUACUGAACUUCUUGUCAACCGUACCCGGGCCCACGGGGCAGAGUGCGCUCGCGUUCGUGUUAUCCGAGUGGGUCAGCAGGCAGCAUCUGUUCGUUGGCAGAUAUGAGUGCAAAGUCGCGACGGUUGCGUUGUGCAAGAUCUUGGAGUACGGAGUCACUCAGGGGGACAGCAGACUGGACGAGAUCACUGUCAAGGGAGAUCUGAUUAUCCCAGGAAUCGAGGAUGGCGUGAGGACCAGAAGCAAAACCGAGUCGCGGCCUUACGAAUGGACUACGGUACCUGUACUUGUAAAGAUCUUUAAAGUAAUAAUCAACGAAUUGUCAGACGAUAUGGAGGCUGAUAGUCCAGAUACGAAUGAAUCCGACGAGGAGGACGACGACGAAGGCGAGGAGGAGUUGAUAGAUCCUGGGAACGAGAACGUGUUACGGAUAGCAGCCGUGGACGAAGCUUACGACAAUACCGACGAGGACCUGGAGUCGGUGCAUGAUUCGAUUUACCACUUAAACAUGAGCCAAUAUCUGCGCGAUUUCCUACUCAACUUCUCCACUCAUCACUGCUUCCCCAUGUAUCUACAACACCUGAAUGUGCCAGAGCUGAAAGUCCUCAACAACAUCAAUAUCAACGCUCUCAUGUAAUAGGACAAUUUACAUCGAUCGGGACAACAACUUUUUGAAUUUCAUAAUAAACGAGCAGUCUUCUUUUCUA